CGAAAAGAAGAAGCAUUUGACAGCAAGUCUGUCGUUUUCGCGCCUCCUGUGCGGCAUUUUUCAUCCUUCGCGGACAAAAAGUUUUCACACCACAGCAAAGUGCAAAUUUGCUUGGCCAAAUUUUAAAUUUUCGACGAAAAUCUAUAAAUCUGAACUAGAAAACUCUAUAAGCAGAAAGCAAGUUAAGUUUCCACAUAUUUUGCCAGUAGAAUUCUUGCGAAGUGAAACAACAAUGGCAAAAUUUGCAAAGCCGGCGGGAGGGCAAAAAUCUUUGGAAAAUGCUAACGAAGAAGCGGUUGUCUCGUCGUCUAGUGGUUUCUUGAGUGGCGAGGAAGAUGCUGUUGUUUCUCUCAAAGGAAAAGGACGUGGUCGUAAGGCCAAAAGGGAAGUGGUCAAAGAAGUGGAGGUCUUGCCGGCAACGGAAAAAUCAGUCAAGGUGGCAAAAGCUGGUGGUACGGGCCGAGGGCGAAAAAAAGUCGUAGCUGCAGAAGAGAAAGAACAAGCUACAACUUCAAAUUCCGUAGAAGAAGCUGUAAUAGAGAAAAAAUCGGCAGCACCCAAACGUCGCGGAAGGAAAGCGGCUGAAUCCGCUACGGUUGAUAGCCAACCGGUGGCAGCGGAGAAUUGGGAUGCGGAAAGUGGGGUAGCAAAAGCACCAGCAAAGCGUGGGCGCAAAGCAGCAGCUACGAAGGUUGAACCAGCCGCAAGUGAAAGUAAUGGUGUUGAUAGUGCUCCGCCGGCGACGGUUAACAAGGGACGAGGCCGGGGUAAAAAAGUUGCAGCUACAGCCGCCACAGCUAUUAAAGAGACUACUGCAAUACAAUCGCUUACGGAGGAGCCUACCACUCUGCGAAAGCAAAAUAAAUCUACGGAAGAAAUUGCAGUAGCUGAGGAUCAACAAAACGGCGAAGUUCCAAAAGAGGCCGUAAAAGACACAAAAAAGAAAAGAACUAAGGGAUCGAAGGUGAAAGUAGAACAAACUGACGCAAGUGAUGGUACAGGGCCAGGUUUGGACGAAAAGAAACCAAGGUCUAGGGGUAGAGCUGUAAAAGAAGAACAUGAGCAGGAUCAACCUAGCGAGAUACUAGAAAAAUCUUUGGAAAAGCCGGUUAAAAAAGCUGCAAGUAAGCGCAAAGGCAAUAAAAAAGAGUCAGAAAUAGAAAACUUAGCUCAGGCUAAUGAACUUGAAUUGGAUGUAAAAGCUGAGGAAGAAGUGAAACCAAGUCCCAAAAAAAAGUCUAAAAAGGAACCUAAAGAAAAUAAAACAAAGGCAACCAAAAUUAGGGCAAGAGCAGAUAAAACACCCGAAAAGGAGGCCGGGGAACAAUUGGAGAAUAAUAUAAAAGAAAUAAGCAAGAAACCACAGGGGCGCAAGCGAGGUGCCACAAAAACUGCUAUUUCCGAUGGUAUUGAAGAGGUCGAUGGAUCCAAACCGGCAAAAGCAAAGAAAACCGAAGGCGCUCUCAUCAAUUCCACCGUCACAAAAUAUAAUUCCGAAGACUUUAAACUACCCCAAGGUGAAGAGGGCGCAGAGCGAUUUAAUUUAAAAAUCUCAAGCUGGAAUGUUGCGGGCUUGCGUUCUUGGUUGAAGAAAGACGGCUUAGCUUUCUUGGAUUACGAAUUACCAGAUAUUUUUUGCUUACAGGAAAUCAAAUGCACUACCGAUCAACUGCCGGAGGAAGUUGCACGCAUACCUGGUUAUCACCCCUAUUGGCUCUGCAUGCCCGGUGGCUAUGCAGGUGUUGCUAUAUACUCGAAGAUAAUGCCGAUUAACGUUGAAUAUGGCAUUGGAAACACAGAGUUUGAUGCAGUUGGCCGCAUAAUUACAGCUGAAUAUGAGAAGUUCUUCUUAAUUAAUGUAUAUGUACCGAAUUCGGGACGAAAGUUAGUUAAUUUGGAGGCACGCAUGCGCUGGGAAAAACUAUUCCAAGAGUAUAUUAAACGUUUGGAUAUCAUAAAGCCAGUCGUCAUAUGUGGCGAUAUGAACGUGUCACAUCAGGCAAUUGACCUGGCAAACCCUAAAACUAAUACUCGUAAUGCCGGGUUCACGCAGGAGGAACGGGACAAAAUGACUGAAUUGUUAGCUCUCGGCUUCGUCGAUACAUUUAGGCACUUAUAUCCAGAUCGCACAGCUGCUUACACAUAUUGGACUUACAUGGCAAACGCACGGUCACGCAACGUUGGAUGGCGUUUGGAUUACUUUAUCGUGUCUGAACGUUUCACUAAACGAGUAGUUGAGAACUGUAUGCGCUCACAGGUAAUGGGCAGUGACCAUUGCCCAAUUACAUUAUUUUUGAAAAUGUAGAGGAGUUGAUAUAGAAAUCGACGAACCUCUUUGCACUCUUUAUAAUCGUUAAUGUUUCGGAUCCAUUUUUCUAUAUAUUUUAUUUCUAAUUUUCUUUGUUAUUAUCAUAUUUAACGCAUAACCAGUGCAUAUCCAUGUCACGAAACUCAUUCCAUAAAUGGCUUUCAAGUUAAUGUAUUUAAGUAUCGUAACUUGUAAUGCUGUAAUUGUAGACUUUUCUGUACUAAAUUAUAAAAAUAACUUUCUAUGGGUAUACGAUUAGACCACUCAAUUAUUUUAAAUCCUGAGAAAUAAAACUAUUCAUAAAUAAGAUA